UCCCCAGCUGCCUGCACUCGUCGCCGUGCCCACUGCUUCCCACUGUCCUCCCUGUCCCUUCUAGUCCCACGGAGGGAGUGGGCCCGGUCAGGGCAGAGUCUUCGAGACACAAUGUUCACAUCCAAGUCCAACUCCGUGUCACCAUCGCCGUCCCUGGAGCAGGCCGACGCGGACGCGCUGGAUAUCAGCACCAAAGUGCAGCUCUACGGGGUUCUGUGGAAGCGGCCGUUCGGGAGAUCUUCGGCCAAGUGGUCCCGGCGGUUUUUCAUCAUCAAAGAAAGCUUUCUGCUUUACUACUCCGAGAGUGAGAGAAAGAGCUUUGAAACCAACAAAUACUUCAAUAUCCAUCCUAAGGGUGUCAUCCCACUGGGUGGCUGCCUGGUGGAGGCCAGAGAAGAGCCCAGUAUGCCCUAUGCCAUGAAGAUCUCACACCAGGACUUCCAUGGAAAUGUCUUGUUGGCUGCUGAGUCUGAGUUUGAGCAGACACAAUGGCUGGAGAUGUUGCAGGAGUCUGGGAAGGUGACCUGGAAAAAUGCCCAGCUAGGGGAAGCUAUGAUCAAAAGCCUGGAGGCACAGGGGCUACAGCUGGCUAAGGAAAAACAGGAAUAUUUAGACAAGCUGAUGGAGGAGACAGAAGAACUGUGCCUCCAGAGGGAGCAGAGAGAGGAGCUCGAGCGCCUGAACCAAGUGCUAGAGGCUGAGAAACAGCAGUUCGAGGAGGUGGUGCAAGAGCUGAGAGUGGAGCAGGAGCAGAUCAGGAGGGAGCUAGAACUCACCGCAAGAUGCCUCAGGGGUGUGGAGCAGGAGAAGAAGGAGCUGAGGCAGCUCACAGAAUCCUUGCAGCAUACACUGGAGGAACUGUCCAUAGAGAAGAAGAAAACCUUAGAGAUGUUGGAGGAAGAUAAGAACCAGCCACAGCCCUUGACCAAUCAGAGUGAGCAGCCUCCAGCCAGCGACGGUCUCCAUAGCAACCUCAGGCAGAUCGAAGAGAGGAUGCAGGAGCUUUUGGCCGAGAAGCUUCUGGCAGAGAAGCGGAUGAAGGAGAACGAGGAGCGCUCACGGGCCCUGGAGGAGGAGCGGGAGUUCUACUCAAGCCAGUCCCAAGCCCUGCAGAACUCGCUGCAGGAGCUCACUGCAGAGAAGCAGCAGGCUGAGCAGGAACUCAAGGCUGAAGUGAAAGUCCGCAUGGACCUUGAGAGACGCCUCCGGGAGGCAGAGGCGGCCUUGCGGAGCCUGGAGCAAGGCCUCAAUUCCAAGGUUCGGAACAAGGAGAAGGAAGAGCGGAUGCGGGCCGACGUGAGCCACCUGAAAAGGUUCUUCGAGGAGUGCAUCCGGAAUGCAGAGCUGGAGGCCAAGAUGCCGGUCAUCAUGAAGAACUCCGUGUACAUCCACAAGGCGGCCACUCGCCGCAUCAAGAGCUGCCGCUUCCACCGCCGCCGGUCCAGCACUUCCUGGAAUGACAUGAAGCCAUCCCAGUCCUUCAUGGCCUCUCAGCUAGAAGCCAACAACCUAGAGGAGCUGAAGGAGGUGGCCAAGAGGCUAAGCAGAGACCAGCGCUUCCGGGAAUCCAUCUAUCACAUCAUGGCCACCCAGCCCGGGGCCUCUGCACUCCCCCGGGGAGGAAAGUAAUGGGAACCCCUCCCCCACCUCCUGUCUUUCCUUGGUGGGGCAGCAGGGAGGUCUGACUCCCCUUGGGAGGUGAUACCCUGCUCUGCCUCACCCGGAGCCCUGACCUUGGAGCUCAGAAGAGAGUACUGGAUUCCCUGGGAAACUGGAGGGUACAGAUGGUUGUGAGCUACAGUGUGGGUGCUGGGAAUCGAACCCGGGUCCUCUGGAAGAGCAACAGUGCUCUUAACCACUGAGCCGUCUCUCCAGGCCUGAGCCCUGUCCUUGGGUCUACCCUAGGUGGGGUGGGUCCUCACCUGGUUGCCAUGAUGAGGCCUGACUCUGUGUCUUCUUGAUCUGUUGGUCAAGAAGAGAAGUUGUCUAUUCCGUGAGUACUGGAAAGUUCCUCUGGUACCCACCGUACCCCUCCGUGACUCUGCAGCACUGACCCUGAUCACAUAACAACCCCCAACUCUCUCUUCGCUCCUAAUCCUCCAAUACAACAGUGUCGUAUCCAGGCCCUCUGCACAUAUUCCAUGUCCUCAGAGAGGGAAGAGCAGGCCCUAAGACACAACCCCAGGCUCACAGCACCCCAUACCUCUCUGCAGUGUUCCUGGGGGCUGCUGUCUGUAAGUCCACCCAGGCCUCCUAGUCACAAAUGGGUUUCUCCAUAGAUAGCUCCAGCAGCCUGCUGGAGGGUACAGAAGUGUAUGGUCCCUGAUUUGUUCUUUUCCAGCCAUGAUUGAGAAUUCUUGACCCCAGGGUUUCCCCAAAGUACACACAGCCAGAUCAGGAGCGAAGAAGCUUUUGUAUUAUCCAGUCAGGCAGAGCUCUAGCUGCCUCUGGCUGUUGUGACCCUGCUGCCCUGAGAUCACAGAGGCCUGCCUCUCUCCCAGCCGGCUCACCCUGCUGCCUCUUCCUGCAGCAUCCUCACUCAGUGAGCCAAUGUAGCCUGGAACCCACCACAUGGGAACAUGGGCCUGUGGGGAGCCAGUAGCCAUCGGUUGGCUCAGUGUUGUCAGGGUGACACUAUAACAUCAGCCUGCAGGUUUUAUGGAAGACCACUACCCUUCAGGAGGCCAAGGACUGAGGGAUGUGUUCUUCAUCUCUGACAGUCUUUUGGGCCUAUCCCUCAGAAGCUGCUUGAGUCUAUCAGUCUUGCCAAACAAGACUUGGGGAGGGUACAGAAAUGCAGGCAGUGGUUAAGAGCACUUGUUUCUCUUUCGGAGGACCCAGACAUGAUUCCCAGCACCCACGUGGUAGCUUACAACCACAUGUGACUUCAUUUGCCAGGAGAUCCAACACCCUCUCCUGACCUCCACAGGCACCAGGCACUCACUCGGUGCGUGUACAUACUCAUGUGCAGAUGAAACAUUCAUACACAAAAUAAAACUUUAAAAAAAAUGUAAAAGGGGCUGGGUGCUAAGACAGUGCUGGAUCAAAGGCAUCCAUUUUCUAUUCAGGAGACUGAAGCAUCUUGAGGGAGGGACAGAAGUAGCCCUGGGGAAGAACCCUUGCCACGGUCUGGGCUGCCCUGCUCCCCAAGAUCCCUUCCCGGUGGGGGUGGCCUUCGGUAGGGUGUUUUGGAAUCAGUGUGUCUGAAUGCAAAUAUAAAGCUUUGAAUGCAUAUGAACCUGCAUAUACCCAAAGCUUGUCUACAUGAUAUGUGUGCGGAAUGGACUUGGAAUGAAGACGUAUAAAACCACAUUACUGGUUUUGUUUGUUUUUAAAGAAUUAAU